GCUGGUGGCGGGCCACGCCGAGGUCUUCGUGUGCAGGCCCCUCAAGUCCGGGCCCGACUACGCCGCGCUCUCCCGCGCCCUCGACCCCUACACGCUGUCGCAGCUGCUGUACCCCAACAAGACUGUCUCCCUGCCCAUCAAGGACGUCCUCAGGGGUUGCCGCUACGACGGCGGCGCGUACUCGGUGCUGGGGCUGCGCUGGGCGACGGACUUGGAGGACGCCACGGACCCCACCAGCUGGCCCGAGGUGGAGCGCCAGCUGGCGCAGCUGCGGCCGGACCUGCAGCACCUGCAGCUGCUCACGCCCGAGCUGCAGGCCGACCUGAAGGCGCUGCUGGACGCCUCCAUGGCCAACCUCACGGCGCACCGGCUGCAGGUGGCCGGCGGCGUCACGGGCAGCGACCUCUCGGCGCUGGCCGACCAGAUGGAGAGCGUGGCCAACCAGAUCGGGGACGUGGCCACGGCCUCGCGGGUCGAGACUCUCGCCACCAGGACGAGGAGGGUGCUGGCCACGCAAGUGCAGCCCCUGGCUGCUAGGAAGGAGAACCUGGUGUACCAGCUCACGACACUGGAGGUGGAGCUGGCGCCGCUGCAGCGCCACGUGAACCAGAGCCUGUCGCACCUCAAGACGAUCCAGUACUUCGUGGACAAGCAGGGCGCCACCAUGGCCGACCAGAAGGCGAACCAGUUCCGGGCGCGCGUGCGGGGCUACCUGCAGCAGGCGCGUGACCACGUGGUCACGGGGCUGCGAGCACGCGUGGCGCGGUGCGGCCCGCUGUGGUCCUCGUUCGACGCACUCAGCACGCUGCUGUGUCGGCACGCCAUGGACCCGUUGAACGGGCUGUGGGCCAGCCUGACGCUGUCGCUGGUGCUGCUGAUGGCCGCCACGGCGCCGGCGCUGCGUCUCGUCCGGGCGCAGGGGAGCAGCCGGUACCGCAUGCCGGCCGUCAGGGACGUCGCGCCCAACAGGUCGUCUAGCAGAGGCGGCUGGCUCACUCCGGGCACGUCGGCGCCUGACGGCUGGUGAACUGGGCAUCGGGGUGUCGCCAACCUUCCAGCUAGAGUUACGUUUUUAUUACAACAUUAGCAUGUACAUUAAUUUUACACAGGAGGCUUAAGGUAAAUAAAUCAUGUUUAGUGUGAGAGUAUACUAUCAAGAGCAAUAACUGUUAGUUCUACAUUAAAAAAUAAAGUUUUCUACAAUUA